GGGGGCGGCGGGUCGCGGGGCGCGGGGCGCUGGGUGCUGGGUCCCCCCCACGCCGCGAUGGUUUGCGCCGUGACGUGCACGGCCAUUCACCCGCCGGGUAUAAAAGGGGCGGCGCGGCCGUACUCCAGCGCCUCCACUGCUAGCAGAGCACCCACCGCCUCUUUCUGUGCCGGCCCGCACCUUCCGGGCUCCGCUCCGCUCCGCAGACAUGAUGUUCUCCGGCUUCAACGCCGACUACGAGGCGGCCUCGUCCCGCUGCAGCAGCGCCUCCCCGGCCGCCGACGGCCUGGCCUACUUCCACUCCCCGGCCGGCUCCUUCUCCAGCCUGGGCUCCCCGGUCAGCGCGCAGGACUUCUGCAGCGACCUGGCCGUCUCCAGCGCCAAGUUCAUCCCCACCGUGACGGCCAUCUCCACCAGCCCCGAUCUGCAGUGGCUGGUGCAGCCCACGCUCGUGUCCUCCGUGGCCCCCUCCCAGGCCAGGGCCCCCCACCCCUACGGCGUGCCUGCCCCCACCGCCUACUCCAGGUCAGGGGUGGUGAAGACCCUCGCGGGCGGCCGAGCCCAGAGCAUCGGCAGGAGGGGCAAGGUGGAACAGUUGUCCCCAGAAGAAGAGGAGAAGAGGAGAAUCCGUAGGGAAAGGAAUAAGAUGGCCGCAGCCAAGUGCCGAAACAGGAGGAGGGAGCUGACUGACACACUCCAGGCGGAGACAGACCAGCUGGAGGACGAGAAGUCUGCGCUGCAGAGCGAGAUUGCUGACCUGCUGAAGGAGAAAGAGAAGCUGGAGUUCAUCCUGGCGGCCCACCGGCCGGCCUGCAAGAUCCCCGACACCCUGGGCUUCCCGGAGGAGAUGUCCGUGGUUGCCCUCGACCUGCCGGAGGCCACCUCCCCAGACUCUGAGGACGCCUUUGCCCUGCCCCUACUCAGUGACCCGGAGCCCAAGCCCUCGUCAGUGGUGGAGCCCACAGUGAAGACCCUGGGAGGCGGCAGCCUGGGGCUCAAGGCUGAACCCUUUGAUGACACCCUGUUUCCGGUGGUGUCCAGGCCCGGCGGCUUGGAGACGGCCCGCUCGGUGCCCGACGUGGACCUGUCCGGCUCCUUCUAUGCUGCAGACUGGGAGCCCCUGCACGCUGGUGGCUCCCUGGGCAUGGGCUCCCUGGCGGCCGAGCUGGAGCCCCUCUGCACUCCAGUGGUGACCUGCACCCCCAGCUGCUCAGCCUACACGUCUUCCUUCGUCUUCACCUACCCGGAGGCUGACGCCUUUCCUAGCUGUGCGGCGGCCCACCGCAAAGGCAGCAGCAGCGAGCCCUCCUCUGACUCGCUGAGCUCCCCCACGCUGCUGGCUCUGUGAGGGGGUCCCCACCUCCCCUGCAUACAGAGCGGAAAACACUCUUGCCCGCAGGGCUCCCCGCCUGCCCAGGGAGGCCUUUGUCUGGGGCUGACACACCAGGCUGUGGCCUCGGAGACUUGAAAGCAGUUGCGUGUGAGCUGGAAUCCUUACCUCUUCCGGAGAUGUAGCAAAAAAACAAAAAAACAAGAAAAAAAAACACCCCACAAAACACAAAAAUAACGCAUGGAGUGUGUAUUGUUCCCAGUGACACCAUGAGAGCUGGUAGUUAGUCGCAUGUUGAGCCAGGCCUGGGUCUCUGUCCCCUGUCCCCCCACCCCCUUCUCUAGUCUUCUCAUAGCAUUAACUAAUCUCUUGGGUUCGUUAUCGGAAUUAACCUGGUGCUGGAGAUUUCCAAAUUGUUAUCUAGUGCAAAUGAUUUUAACAAUAACUACCGCGUUCCAGGCAAUAGUGUGUUCUGAGUAGCAGCGACCAGUAGUCCACUAGGAAGAGACACAGCCUUCUGCAGUAGGCAGAAGUCCAUAGCUGUUUUCCCACGUACUGUAGUUUCUCUCUGACAUCUGUGUUUAUUGUAGAUGUUUCUGAUCAUACGUUGUUGAGGUGGUCUGAAUGUUCUGACAUUAACAGUUUUCCAUGAAAACGUUUUAUUGUGUUUUUAAUUUAUUUAUUAAGAGGGAUUCUCAGAUAUUUAUAUUUUUAUUUUAUUUUUUUCUACCUUGAGGUCUUUGGACAUGUGGACAGUGAAUUUGAAUGACAAGAACAAAAACAAAAACCUAAGCAUUGUUUGCUUAUUGUUAACAAGACAUUGUCAAUAAAAGCAUUUAAGUCUGA